UGCUGCUGCUGGCGGCCCCGCCGCCCGCCGGCUCCGACAGCCCCAAGGGGAAGCAGAAGGCGCUUCGCCAGCGGGAGGUGGUGGACGUGUAUAAUGGCAUGUGCUUGCAAGGCCCCAGUGGCGUUCCUGGACGGGAUGGAAACCCAGGAGCCAACGGGAUCCCUGGGACACCUGGAAUCCCAGGACGGGAUGGGCUGAAAGGGGAGAAGGGCGAGUGCAUGCGUGAGAGCAUCGAGGAGUCCUGGACACCCAACUUCAAACAGUGUUCGUGGAGUGCACUUAACUACGGCAUCGACCUGGGGAAGAUCGCGGAAUGCACAUUUACCAAGAUGCGCUCGAACAGCGCUCUCCGCGUGCUCUUCAGUGGGUCACUCCGGCUAAAGUGCAAAAACGCCUGUUGUCAGCGCUGGUACUUUACAUUUAAUGGUGCAGAGUGUGCUGGGCCACUUCCUAUUGAAGCCAUAAUAUACUUAGAUCAAGGAAGCCCAGAGCUGAAUUCUACUAUUAAUAUACACCGAACUUCUUCAGUGGAAGGUCUGUGUGAAGGGAUCAAUGCCGGCUUGGUGGACAUUGCCAUAUGGGUUGGGACUUGCUCUGAUUAUCCACGGGGAGAUGCUUCUACUGGAUGGAAUUCAGUCUCCCGAAUCAUCAUUGAAGAACUGCCAAAAUAACUUCCCCUCCCUUUUUAUAAUAUCUCUUUCUAGUUUUUUUUUUUUUUAUUUUGUACUAUUUUCUUCAGAAUUUACUUCAAUAGACUUGGAUGCAAGUACUGGACUGAAAGGCACCCAAGCCUUGCAUCUGUAGCCUUUGUCUAGCCUUGUUUUGUCCAUUGCAGAGGCUUUUUAUAAUAAUCAUUUUAGAAUAUAAACAUCAAAACCAAGUUCAUUAACUUUUUAAAUUCC